CCACAUACUGUGGUGGAACUAUUCAGAGAUGCAUCUAUCAUUGACUCAACAAUGCCUCUGGCCACUGCAGAUACUGUUGGUGUCAAAUCUUCUCCUGUGGGAGAAUGUGGCCUCUGUACCCAUGAGUGACAGUGGACUGGGCAUUCGCGAAUUGUUCACCGAAGACCUUUUUGAUGAUGCCGUCAUACUGUCUCAGCACAUCAAUGGCCUUGCUAUAGAAACACGCAGGAUAUUUCUAUCCAAUAAUUUCUCAUCAGACAUGUUCGUUAAGUUUACAUUACAGUUUAACAGACAUGAUGAAUUUGUUGUCAAUGGUCUCAACAGCUGCCACACUUCGUCACUCAAAACACCAAAAACAGAAAAGGAAGCCAAAAGGAUUUCAUUGCCAGACUUUGUAAAAAUGAUACUAAGUAUUCUUCGUGCCUGGGACAGCCCUCUAUAUCACAUGGAGACAGAACUCAAGAGUAUGACAGGAGCCCCCUUUUCUAUCCUUGCAAGAGUCAAAGAGAUUGAAGUAAAAAAUAAAAUCCUUCUGAAGCGCAUCAUGAAGAUUGCCAAGAAGGUUAAACAUGGAAUUGAAGAAAAUGAAGAGUACCCUGUUUGGUCAGAGCUUGCAUCGUUACAGUCAACCAAUGAAGAAUCAAGAUUUUUUGCUCUUUAUAAAAUGUCCUAUUGCCUAUUUGUUGACACAGAUAAGGUUGAACAUUAUCUUAAGCACUUGAAGUGUCGGUAUUUUGAUGGGUACAUGUGCCAAGACCCAGAAAACCAAAUUAGUCUUCAGUAAUUAAUUCUUCAAAGCUUCUUUAAAUUUUCUCCCUUUUGAAGCUAUCCGUUUAUGUAACACACCCCUUAAUAAAAAAAUAAAAAUAAAUGCUUUAGAUAUAUCCAAAUAUAACAAUGCAA